AAGGAAGCGCUCUAUGUUCCUGGGGGGGCUCCAUUAAGGGACGAACAGCGGAGACUAAGGGGGACUAUAAUCAGUGUUGCGCAUAUAGGUUUCUAUGGCUUCCCGGUGGAGGCAGCUGCUACAGUUAGGGAGAAGGUUGUGCGGCGUUGGUCCUCGGCUACUACUGGCUCCCCGACCGGCCAGGCUGCUGCACGCCACUGCUGUCGGUUGCAGUCCCCCAGGCUCCAGCCAGAGGCCUCCUCAGGGAAGAAGGGGAGGAGGUGGCCAUGGCGACAGAUGGGGGUCGGAGGGGGAAGAAGGAGAAGGAGAGGAAGAAGAGGAGGAGGAGGAGGAGGAGGAGGAACUGGAGGGAGAGGAGGAGCUAGUGGAGUCUGGGCUCCCCCCAGUCCCUCUGGGCGACCAGAAGGUCUUCAUUGUCCAUCCAGCUGUGAAGUGGGGGCCAGGGAAGCCUCAGCUGACCACAGCUGAACUGCAGCUAGCUGAAGCUGUUGCGCUUAUAAACACUAUUCAGAACUGGACAGUACUGGAUAAAAUAAUUCUUUCUACAAAAGUUCCUGACAAGAAAUUUAUCUUCGGCAAAGGGAACUUUCAACUUCUAACUGAAAAGAUUAAAGGCUUACCAGAUAUAUCAUCUGUCUUUGUAAAUGUGGAAAGACUAUCUCCUCUGACAAAGAAAGAGCUUGAAGAAGCCUGGAAAGUCACAGUGUUUGACAGAUAUUCAGUUGUCCUUCAUAUUUUCCGCUGCAAUGCUCGAACUAAAGAGGCAAAGCUUCAAAUAGCAUUGGCUGAAAUCCCACUACUGAGGACUAAUGUGAGAAAUGAGGUUGCUCAGCUGGAUCAGCAAAGAGGUGGUUCUAGAUACAUUAUGGGUUCAGGUGAAACUUUCAUGGAGUUGCAGCUUCGCCUCUUAAAAGAAAAAGAACUUAAAAUUCGAAAGGCCCUAGAGAGACUAAGAAGAAAAAGGAGCUUACUCAGGAAUCAGCGUAGGAAGCGUGAAUUUCCUACUGUUUCAGUAAUGGGCUACACAAAUUGUGGGAAGACCACUCUAAUCAAGGCUCUUACUGGGGAUGCAGGACUGCAGCCCCAAGAUAAACUCUUUGCCACAUUGGACAUAACAGCCCAUGCUGGCUACCUGCCAUCACGCUUGACAGUUUUGUAUGUAGAUACUAUUGGAUUUCUCUCUCAGUUGCCCCAUGACCUCGUUGAAUCAUUUUCAGCUACGUUAGAAGAUGUAGCCUACUCGGAUUUAAUUCUCCACGUGAGGGAUGUUAGCCAUCCAGAAACCAACCUCCAGAAAAAAAGCGUAUUAUCAGUUCUCAGAAAUCUUAAUCUUCCUAGCCAUCUACUGGAGUCAAUUAUUGAAGUUCAUAACAAAGUGGAUUUAAUAAAUCGGUACAAUCCCACUGAACCAAGCACAAUAGUCAUUUCAGCUCUCCUUGGACAUGGUUUAGAAGAGCUGAAAGAGGAAAUUGAGAAAAAACUCCUGAGAGUAACUGGGAAGAAUAUUCUAACCAUUAAAAUAAAUUUAUCUGGACCUCAGCUCAGUUGGCUCUACAAAGAAGCAACAGUGCAAGAAGUAGAUGUUGUUCCUGAAGAUGGCACAGCCAAUGUAAAGGUCAUCAUAAGCAAUUCUACCCUGGGAAAAUAUAAAAGAUUGUUUCCUCGAUCAAGUUACUCCUGAAAUUACGAAGGCAUGCUUUAUGGGAGAUAACCAUUUUUACAGGCUACAGAGUUACCACAAUAUUUUUGGUAGAGGCAAAAUGAGCAUGGCUCACUAGAGUACUGAUCUUCAUAUUCUGCUUCAAACAAACUACAGUAGUAUCUGCACCUAUAUAUAAAAUGGCAGUAUCUUUGAAAACUUAAUUGUCAAAUAUUGUGAGAAACAUCUAAUCUUGCCAUUCAUGGGGAAUUGCACAAAGGAAAUGGCCAAAGAUACUUGCUUCAUACCAUCCAGAACGUCAGAGAUUUUAAUUUACUGUGUAUUAAAAACAUUCAGUCUUGGACAACUAACAGAUCAGUUCACAUCAAUUAUGCAGAGUUACUUUUUCAUUAAAUAGAUCAUUUCCUUGGCACACAAUUUAUUUUUAAGCA